AUGCCUCUCGAUACCAUUUCCACCUAUGCGCAAACGCUGCUACGACAAGAUGGUCGGCGAUGGAAUGAACUGCGCAGAAUUACCGCUUCAAUCUCAACCCAGCCUUCCAGCGAUGGAAGUAGUCUUUUGACCAUGGGCAAUACAAUGGUCCUAUGCACAGUGACUGGUCCAAGAGAGGGGCGCGGUCAACGAGAUAACACCAAUGCCACAGUUGAGACUGAGAUCAACGUCGCCCCUUUUGCACAGAUGGACCGCCGAAGACGAAUCAGAAAUGACAAACGCAUCCAAGAGCUUCAAAGUACGGUCUCAAACGCAUUCCAGAGUCAUCUCUUCACACAUCUCUACCCACGUUCGACCAUCUCGAUCUCCCUCCACGUCCUGAGUCUUGAUGGAGCACUGCUGGUGGCGUGUCUCAAUGCAGCGAGCCUUGCUCUUGUGGAUGCUGGUGUCCCGAUGCCCUCUAUUCUCGCCGCCAUUUCGAGCGGAAGUGUCACUCCGACCGACGAUUCUUCGGCCAGACCUGAACCUAUUCUAGACCUCAACAACACUGAAGAGCAGGAGUUGCCUUUCCUAUCAAUUGCAACCGUUGCAGGUCAGCCAGGCUCGGAAGACAAGGUGUCUGUUCUGAUGAUGGAAUCACGAUGUCAGAUCGGUGGCGCGAACAGCAAAUUAGAGAGCAUGAUGGCCACAGGAGUCGAUGGAUGCAAGCAAGUUCGAAGGAAAAUGGAAGAUGUUAUCAGGAAACACGGAGCGAGAGUGAUCCAAGGAAGGAAGUAG